AUGAUUCAGUAUGAUUUAAAACUGUGUCGCGAUGGGUCAUCGCGGGGGGGAGUUCUGGGUGGUGGGGGCUUUUAUCAGCGUCGGGCGCGCUGGUACGACGCCCUCAGGCAAUGGGCUAGUGACUUGGUGAUGAAGGUGGAUGCUCUGCUGUCUUCGCAGCCGAAGGGCGAGGCCCGGAUAGAGUACGGCUUUGCUGAUGACCGAUACAGUGCUGUGAAGCUGAGGCCCAAGGAGGCGGAGGUCUACUUUGACAUCGUGGCUGUGGUCGACCCCGUCACCAGAGACGCCCAGAAGCUCGCCCCUCUGCUCUUGGUGUUGAAGCAGCUGGUCAAUGUAAACCUGCGAGUCUUCAUGAACUGCCAGGCUCGACUCUCUGACAUGCCGCUCAAGAGUUUCUACCGCUACGUGCUGGAGUCUCAGCUGAGUUUCGGGGCGGAUAACAGCCUGUCUCAGGGCCCCCUGGCCAAGUUCCUGGACAUGCCCCAGACGCCGCUCUUCACCCUCAACCUCAACACCCCCGAGAGCUGGAUGGUGGAGUCCGUACGCACGCGCUACGACCUCGACAACAUCUACCUGGAGGAGGUGGACAGUGUGGUGCCUGCGGAGUACGAGUUGGAGUACCUGCUGUUGGAGGGCCACUGUUUCGACGUCAGCACGGGCCAGCCCCCCCGCGGCCUGCAGUUCACCCUCGGCACCGACGCCAACCCCGUCAUCAAGGACACCAUCGUCAUGGCCAACCUGGGCUAUUUUCAGCUGAAGGCCAACCCGGGCGCCUGGGUCCUGAAACUCCGCAAGGGCCGAUCAGAGGACAUCUACAAAAUAUACAGCCAUGAUGGCACGGACUCACCAGCGGAUGCUGAUGACCUCAUCGUGGUCCUCAACAACUUCAAGAGCAAGAUCAUCAAGGUCAAGGUCCAGAAGAAGCCAGACAAGAUGAAUGAGGAGCUGUUGAGUGACGGCACCCAAGAGAACGACUCAGGCUUCUGGGAGUCUCUCACGCGCGGUUUCACCGGCGGCAGUAAGACGGAGGAGACUAAGCAGGAGAAGGAUGACGUCAUCAACAUCUUCUCACUGGCCUCAGGACAUCUCUACGAGCGCUUCCUCAGGAUCAUGAUGCUGUCGGUCCUGAAGAACACCAAGACUCCCGUCAAGUUCUGGUUCCUCAAGAACUACCUCUCCCCAACCUUCAAGGAGUUUAUCCCCUACAUGGCUGAGGAGUAUGGUUUCCAGUACGAGUUGAUCCAGUACAAGUGGCCGCGCUGGCUGCACCAGCAGACGGAGAAGCAGCGCAUCAUCUGGGGCUACAAGAUCCUCUUCCUGGACGUCCUCUUCCCCCUCGCUGUCGACAAGAUCCUGUUCGUCGACGCCGACCAGAUCGUGCGUACGGACCUGAAGGAGCUGCGCGACUUUGACCUGGAGGGGGCGCCGUACGGCUACACGCCGUUCUGCGACAGCCGGCGCGAGAUGGACGGGUACCGAUUCUGGAAAUCCGGAUACUGGGCCAGCCACCUGGCAGGACGCAAGUACCACAUCAGUGCCCUGUAUGUGGUGGACCUGAAGAAGUUCCGUAAGAUCGCCGCGGGCGACCGCCUGAGGGGCCAGUACCAGGGGCUCAGCCAGGACCCCAACAGCCUGUCCAACCUCGACCAGGACCUGCCCAAUAAUAUGAUCCACCAGGUGCCCAUUAAGUCCCUCCCCCAGGAGUGGUUGUGGUGUGAGACCUGGUGUGACGACUCCACCAAGAAGAAGGCCAAGACUAUUGAUCUGUGCAAUAACCCCCAGACCAAAGAGCCUAAGCUGCAUGCUGCGGUGCGCAUCGUGAGUGAGUGGAGCGAGUACGACCAGGAGGUGAAGCGCAUCCAGAGCCAGUUCCAGAAGGAGAAGGAGGCGGCAGGAGGAGCAGGAGGAGCAGGCAGCACAGACACCAGCACAAACACACACACAGCAGGUUUUGACCCGCACAUCGAACUGUGAGAGCACAGCUCUUUUACAGUUGUGGAAGGCUCGACUCUGUUUAAAGAGUUGUGUUGCGUUUUAUGUUGUUUUGUUGAGUUGUUUUUAACAGAAGCCAAUUCUUUUGAAACAUGGCUGCUAUUUCUGCUGAGAGACUUGAUUCCAAAAAAAGACACACCAACAAAGAAAAAAAGACACACCAACAAAGAAACAAAAACAAAAGAACAUGAACUGUACGAUUUUUGGUUUUGUGACUAGCCGAUGCCUGAGGUAAUGCAAUUCUGCUCCACAAAGGCAAAGUGUAGUAACUACGCCAGCAUUGCAAAUGAGAAAAAUGCCUACAAAGCCUUGGUAUUGGGUUGGCUAUUGUACUUACUGCAAAUUUGACAUGACAAUAUCUCUAAAACGAUACACAUUUUGACCCUAAGGCUUUGUCACAAGAUAAAGGAGGUGUAAUGAGGACCAUUUUCAGUCUAAACUCAAUUUUGUCAAAAUAUGUAGUUACCGCACUCUGCCUUUGCAGGGCAGAAUAGUGUAAGGUGGUAUUGGUGUGUGUGUUGGGGGUUGGAAUUCAAUUUGGGAGAAUAUGCCACGUGUAGCCCUUGCUCCCUCUGUACCGGAAUGGCUGCAGGCUGGCACACACACACACACACACACACACGCACACACACACACACACACACACACACUUUUUUUCUAUACAAAACUUCAUGUCAUGGCAUCAACUCUUUGGGUUUCCUGUUUGUACUUGCUGUUUAUUUUCCGUGUGUG